GCAUAGCUAGUUUGUCGGACACUACCAAAAUGUUAAAGAGAGUGAGGGAUAGCUUUCGGGCUGACCAUUCAACCAAAAGGAUAUCUGACACUGACUCUGGUCUUAAACUGCAUGCAAGCUCUAGCUUAAAGGAAGGAUUAACAGCCCAGCCAUCGGGCCUUGAGCGCGAGACAGUAGCGUGGCACAAAGGAGGGGCCGCUUCCCUUGCGCGCGGAGAGGUUCUACGCCGCGGUACCACCGGAUGGGCUCCAUGGAUUGGCGAGGACUUCUACCUGUGUGUGAACGUGAAGGAGGCCCUGGACCUGGAGCCCGGCGUGAGCCUCAUGGGCGCCACGUGCGACCCCUUCGUGCGUGUGGUGCUGGCUCGUCCAGGCUCCCUGCCCCUGGCCGAGGCGGAGACUCGCGUCAUCUUACGCAACAGCCACCCCCUGUGGGAGGAGUGGCUGCCGUUUUCCCUGGACAAUGUGACUGAGGACAUGCUCGUGGCGCUGCGGGUGAUGGACAAGGACAUCGGGCACUUCAUCAGCUUCUGCGGCAUGGUGUCUCUGCCCAUCAAGGAGGUUCUGAGCACCAUCACCGACAUGGGCGAGGAGGUGGUGUACAGGAUGCCGCUGAUGGACAAGUCCGGCACCACCCGGCGGCCGGGUGUGCUGGUGUUCGGCAUCAGCAUCCUGGCCAAGGACCAGUACGACGAGAUGCGCAAGGUCAUCACGGCCAUACAGGACCCCGACCAGAUCCACGCCCAGCUGCACGAGUACCAGCUGCACAUCAAGGUGCACGGCGUCAAGGGGCUGGCGGCGCUGGGCAGCGGCAGUGCGGCCGCCAGUGCCGGCCUGGCGCUGCAGUUCAGCCUGUGCGGCUGGGAGCAGCGCGAGCCGCUGCGCUGUGCGCUGGGCCCGACUGGCGAGGCGGCGCCGGACGACCUGGAGCUGGUGGUGCCGCUGGGGGCGGCCUUUGGAGAGGGCGAGUCGCUCAAGGGCCGGCUGAGGGACCAGUACGGUGAGGUGCGUAUCGACCUGCUCAGCUGGAAGAACAAGCUGGCACGGACGCAGGUGCCCAUCUGGGACGUGCCCUUCAAGCCCGACCCCAUCCCCGCCCCCGAGAUCUCCGAAGCCGCCCGCGCCGCCGCCGCCGUCAUGGGCAUGCCCGGCUCGCUCACCGGCGGCCUCAGCGGCGCCCGGCCGCCCCCCGCCGCCAGCGCUACAGCCGAGCCGCCCGCGACACCUGUGACCGGCACCGCGGCCGCCAGCGACGCAAACAAGAGCUUCCUGGGCGCCUUCGCCUGCAACGUGGCCAGCGCCAUGGCCGCAGUUGCCGGAGGCUCGGGAACACAGGCCAAGGACGCGCCCAGCUCGCCCACCUCGCCCGAGCCGCCCGCGCCGCCGCCGCCGCCCCCCACGCCGCUGUGGGGGGGCAAGCGCUACAUCCGCAGGAUGGAGAAGCUGGACAAGGUCCUAGACAAGGGCGCUGCGGGUGUCAGUGGGCCCCAGAAGCCGGAGCUGGAGGUCAGCAUGCAGUUGGUGCGGGUGGCGGACGCGGAGGCGGCCGGCGCCGACGGCGGCGCGGGCGGCGGCGCUGCCGCCGGCGCCGUGGACUGGGACGCCAAGGACGUGGACGUGCCGGCGGAGCCGCUGGCGGCUCCGGCGCCGCACCCGCACGCCGCGUGUGACUACGUGGUGAAGGCGGGGCCACACGAGUUGCUGCGGGCGCUGUACGGGCCAGACGCCCCGAUUGCGGACAAGGUCAACGCGCUGGAGCAAAUGACGGACUACAAGUGCGGCGAGUGGGGCCCCGACCCGGACGGCAAGGCGCUCACGCAGCGCACCGUGAGCUACCUGAAGCCCACGCCGGUGGGGCCCACGCCAGUGCAGUCGGUACAGAAGGUGCUGGUGAAGGGCGACGGCGGCUGGGUGGUGGAGAACCGCAUCACGCCCAACGUGCCGCCCGUGGGGCAGUGCGUGCACGUGUUCAUGCUGGUGGUUGGCCAGCACGUGGGCGCCGGCAAGACGCGGCUGACUGUGUCGCUGCGCACGGAGUGGUUCAAGAGCGGCAUGAUGGUCAACGUGGUCAAGGGCAAGGUGGAAUCGGCCACGCCGCCCGACGCCGUCAAGUUCUUCAACACCCUUAAAACCGAGCUGGCAGCCAAGUACGGUGUGGAGGGGGGCGGAGGCGGUGGCGCAGCCGGCGCAGCAGAAGGCGGCACAGCGGGGGAGGGCGCCGCCGCAGGCACCGCCGCCGGAGGCGUCGCCGCGGUCGUCGUGGGCGGUGGUGCUGGCGGCGGCGCCUUGGGCGGCUCGCCUGUGCUCCUGCUGGCGAUUGCGGGUGGCCUGGGUCUGGUGCUGUUGCUGACGGUGCUGGUGCUGCUGCGGGUGACGUCGGAGCUGGGGCACAGCGCGAGGGCGUUUGAGGCGCUCACAGGCGCCCUGGACGCGCUGCCGAGCCGGCUGGCGGCGGUGGCGCAGCAGCAGGCCCUGGCGGCGGCGCAGGUCGCACAGGCAUGCCCGUCGACGGCAGCGGCGGCGGCCGAGGCGGCAGCGGCGGUGAUUUCGGGCAGCCAGUAGCGCCUCCCCUGAGCGCCACCGGCCAACAGGGCAUCGCUGCCGCUGGGGGACUUGAAUGUGCUUGCUCACUUACGUAUGAGUGGAUGUGAGGCGUGCGGGACCUUCGGGCGAGCUGCAAACCUGCCGCAACCAUGGAUUGCGAGUGGGGCAAGCGCGAGUGCGUGGGUACUGAAGUCGGGCCCCCAUGUGUUUGAAACGUGGGCGCUUUGUGCCAAGUAGGGACCUUGCAUGCGCGCGACACUGGCGGGCGGACCAGGCUAUGACCGAUUGCGGUGCAGGGCGUGAGAUAUGACCGUGUGAGCUGAAGUACCGAAUGGUGUUUUGGUGAUGGAAACUGCCAGAAGGCAUUCACGAAGUGUUUCGUGGUAGAAUGCCCAAAGCCGGAGGGGCCGAUGAGGAGCCCAGAGACGAGGAAUGUGACACACAAAGUAAGAUUGCCCUUGAAUUACAGCAGCUGUCAAGCUGUGGUUGUCUUCAUGGCAAAUCCUCGGGA